AUGGAUGGCCAAGAUAGCCGUGCUCUGAUGAGCGAUGCCGCUGCCAUGCAAUCACAGUCCGCCGCCGACCACAGAUUGAAUUCUAGAGGUGAAAAUCGAAGCCGGCUGGUGGUUCGCCGUACACCUACUCCAGGUAUAUGGAAUCCAGUCAAGAUUAUCACUAUUGCUUCUCUUGCUCUCGGGGUGUGGAUAGCCGCAAAUACCAAAAGCAUACUAUACGGACAAAGCAUCGACCCACUAGACUAUGAGACUCGAAAAAACCGACUCCUUUCUGAGACACCUCUGAUUGACGGACAUAAUGACUUGCCUUUCCUUGUUCGGCUGCAGCUCAACAAUCAAAUAUACGGUGACAACUUACAGUUUGACACUGGCCUAGCAUCUCAUACGGAUCUGAAACGCAUGAAAAUGGGAAGAGUGGGCGGGCAGUUCUGGUCUGUGUUUGUCGAGUGUCCCCGAAUUGUACACCUUGACGAUCCGAAUCACUCCGUUCGAGACACUCUGGAGCAGAUUGAUGUAGCGAAACGCUUGAUCGCCAAUUAUAAGGACCUUCAGUAUUGUGAUAAUGCCAGAUGUGCUUUACAAAGCUUCAAAAGAAAGCGGAUUUCAUCUAUGCUCGGUGCCGAGGGUUUGCACCAAAUCGGAUCGUCGAUUGCUGUUAUUCGUCAGCUAUAUGAGCUUGGCGUACGGUAUAUCACAGUCACCCAUAACUGUGAUAAUGCGUUCGCCACCGCUGCGUCGACCGUUACCGAAACAGGAAAAGACAGCGGACUCAGUGACUUUGGACAUGCUGCUAUCCGCGAAAUGAAUCGUCUCGGGAUGAUGGUCGACCUCUCCCAUACUUCUCAUCGAACCAUGAGGGAUGUCCUGGCUAUAACUCGGACACCUGUGAUAUUUUCUCACUCUGGAUGUUACAGUAUCGGGAAAAGUAUGCGGAAUGUGCCAGACGAUGUGCUUCGAAUGCUGAGCGAUAAUGGUGGUGUUAUCAUGAUCUUUUUUGCGAAGAAAUUUGUCCGGCCUGAGGAUCCGGAAAAUGCCAAUCUGAAUGAUGUCGUGAAUCACAUCUUUCAUGCUGCGUCACUUGCUGGGUGGGACCAUGUUGGAAUCGGGAGUGAUUUUGACGGAACAGGGAGUGUUGCAAAUGGACUCGAGGAUGUGUCUUCGUAUCCGAGGCUUAUCGAAGCAGUGAUGCGGCGUGGUGCAACGGAUGAGCAAAUCAAGAAGCUGGUCGGUGAGAACAUUCUUCGAGUGUGGCGGGAAAAUGAAAAGGUGGCUGCAGAGAUCCAAAAUGGUGUUGAUAGUCAGCCUGUUGAGAGCUUCUGGGAGGGGAGAGCACAGCCGUCCUUUGAAGGGUCAUUACCUUCACUCAAGGGAUUCCAGUAA